AUGCCGCCCAUUGGAGCACCGCCGCCGUUGUCAAGAGUGUGGGCUGAGAAUCAGAGGUAUUAUACUUGGUGGUCAGACUUCGGGCGCAGCUGGGCGGAGAGGGCGCCGUGGCGGAAAGGCAACAGCUAUGUGGCUUGGAACUGGGGCCCCAAGGGCGAGCGCGACGAGGGUGAAGGCGACGAGGCGGGCCCCGUGAUCGCGGCCGCCGUGGGCGCGCUGCGGCGCAAGGCUCAAGAAUGCGAGGCAGCCGAGACAGCGCCCGCACCUCCGAAGCCACUCGCGGGGGCGCAGCUGCUCGGCGGCGCCAACAGAGCGCUCAAGGACAUCGAUCAUCGCAUCGGCAAACAGAGAAAGAAGCUCGUCGACGCACAACUCUACCUGGCCGACCAGGAAGAGUAUAUGGCCAAGCUCGAGCAGCAACGGGUGCAGACGCUUCAGCAACAGUGGGAGGCUUUGGCGCUGGCGCGCGCGGAGUCGGGCAUCGAGGUGGUCAAGCCCGAGGGGAAGGUUGGAAGCGGCGCGCUCAAGGUCAAGUUCGAGUUCGACGCGUCGCUCUUCGGGGGCCUCGAGGACUGCGAUGUCGCGCCCGAGGAUAUGCAAAGUAUUCUGCAGUGGGAGAAAGAACCCGGGCAGUUCCAGGAGGGGCCGAUGGGCUCGCUGCAGGCAAAGUUCAAGUGCAUCGAGGACGUUCACGAGGAAGCAAAGACGAAAAGAGGCAGAAUAUCCGCGACGCCAGCAAGGCAGCCUUGGAUCAAGCCAGGGCUGAAAAACAGAGGGCGAAGUCUGAUGGGGAGGCUGCUGCGGGCAGCGCUGUGGCUGCAGCUCCUGGGCAGUAUCUUUAGCGCGGCCGAAUGCGCCGAGAUCGCCGCGAACGCGGAGUCCGAUAUUCAGCCGUUCACGAUGCCGUUCGGCAGCGUCACGGGAUUGGUGCCUCAGAUGCAGCAUUUUGUGCAAGGUCCCAGCAGUGCAGAAUGCGAUUGUCUAGCUUUCGUCGAGACGCACGACAGACCAAGCGAUAUCUUGAGCACCGAGAGAUUCGUGCAGAAAGAGGGCUGGAAGGCAGCGAUGACCCCCGCGGUCCCGAGCGGCAAGUCUCAGCAUGGACAAUCGGCAGGCGAAGUGAUUGCAGCGCAGACGCACGUCCGAGCUGCAUCUCUUGAGCAUUGGGAAGGCAAGUAUGACAUGCAGGGCGACGCGGCGUUCGUCGGCUUCCCCCACAUGGCGCUUCUUCUCAGCACGGGGAAUUUCACCGUCAUCGCUGCGUGCCAGCAGCCGAAGUUGAAGUUCACUGGGAGGGGCCGACAGAUUAUGGCAGCCCUCGCGGCUUUCGUGAGGAUGCAGAAGGAUCCUUGGCGUACUUGCAGAAUGGAACUGUUUACCGACUGA